AUGUCACGAUCAAUUCGUUUACUUAUUGGUGUUCAUGGAGCAGGUCUAUCGAAUACGAUAUUUAUGAGACCAGGAACAAUUCUUUAUGAAUUAAAUCCAUAUGGUUGUCGAGAAUUAUCAUUUAAUUUUCGUCGUUGGGUUGAAGUUUUUAAUCUUCAACAUGCAUUAUGGAUUCCAGCAGUAAAUGAAGCAGGAAAACAAAAUGAUAUUUGUCAACGUGAAGAUUCAGUAACAGUAAAUGUAAAAGAUAUUAUCGAUGAAGUAAAAAAAUCUAUUAAAAAACGAGUUAGCAUAUCGAAAUGGUUAUAUAAAACGAGCAUUGGAUAUAAUGAAUGA